GUGUGUCGCAGGAUUUUAAUGUCACACACUCGCCUCUUUAGCCUUUAGCUGGUCGGCUAACCGCCGGUCAUCAACAUGACGCACAUAUUCUGUUAUUAAUCAGAAAUUAAGAAACAUUUAGGGCUGAAUGGGAUAGACGGCAGGUCUUCACCUGUAGCCACAUGAAGCAAGAUGCCCCAGAGCAUCCUCAAGAGCACUCAUUACAUGGAGCUGGGCCGUUAUCAGUACUGGCCCGUGCUCGUGCCGAGAGGAAUCCGACUGUACACCUAUGAACAGAUCCCAGUGUUUCUGAAGGAGAAUCCGUACAUCACAGAUGGAUACAGAGCACACCUGCCAUCCAAACUGUGCCUCAAAAGCAUAUUCAUUCUGUCCAAUGAGACGGUGAACAUCUGGAGUCAUCUGCUGGGGUUCCUGCUGUUCUUCUCGCUGGGAGUGAAUCACAUGGCCACAGUGCUGCCGUCUGCAGGGGCGUCACGAGAGGACUAUGUCAUUUAUUCAAUAGGACUGUUUUGUUUUCAGGUUUGCAUGCUGUGCUCUGUGGGCUAUCACUUGUUCUGUUGUCAUCGCUCGGAGAAGACGUGUCGCCGCUGGCUUGCUCUGGACUAUGCUGGAAUAUCCGUGGGGAUUCUGGGAUGUUAUGUGCCUGGAGUCUUCUAUGCCUUCUACUGCAACAGUUUUUGGAGGCAGGUGUACCUGCUGACGGUGCUGGCUCUCAUCCUGGCUGUGUUUUCAGCUCAGAUUCAUCCGCUCUACCUCACACAGCAGUGGAAGAAACUGCGCUCUCUUAUGUUCUGCUCAGUGGCCGGAUACGGCAUCAUCCCAGCCUGCCACUGGGUCUGGCUCAACGGAGGAUUUGACUCUGAAAUCGUAAAGGUGUUUUUUCCUCGAGUCAUGAUCAUGUAUUUGAUUGCCGCCUCAGCAUUCCUUUUCUACGUCAGUAAAAUCCCAGAACGAUACUUUCCAGGCCAGCUGAACUAUCUUGGAGCCAGUCACCAGCUCUGGCAUGUGCUGGUGGUGGUCAUGUUCUACUGGUGGCACCAAACCGCUGUCUACAUCAUGAAGUACAGACACAAUCAGCCCUGCACAGACUACAGCAGUCAUGGUUAAACACAGUUACACAAUCACCUGAGCCAUUUAUGAUCAACACAUUCAUUCGGUUUUUGUUUGGCAUGUUGAUAAUAGAAUCAAACAAUGAAACUUUAACUCUCAUUUGCCUUUGAACACCCUACUGUACUGGGUUACGUGCAAUCAGUUGAGUUCCUCAGCCUGAACAAAUGUUCCAUACAUAUUCACUGCUGGAUAUCAAGUGUCUUCGUCUGUUACUGCAUGUAUUUUGUUUUCUAUUGAGCAAUUCCCCAUGGUAUCAUUGGGGAUGUCAAACUAUACAUGCUGAUAAUACCUUGCCUAACUUUUCUGGAAUGUCCUUCAUUUAAACGCUCUUAACUAUCACAGAUCUGUGACUGAUGAAUUCUAUGGUAGAGGGUACUUCUGUCAUUUUGUUGUCGUUGUUUUUUUUUUUAUACUUGUUUGGUAAAGGGAGUUGUUUUGAUGAUGUAUUAAACACAUUCGUGUUCAAGUAUAAUUGCAGCACUGGAAAUUGGGCAUUUAAAUGACUAAGAAAGCAUUACUUAAGUACUUUUUGUGAACAAUGGGUCAAAAUCACUAUACUUACACUGAAUUGAUUAUGAACAUAUGUUAUGAACAUAUCAAGGCCUACAAAACCUUUUGCGUGACUUUCUCCAUCUCAUCCUUUUUAAACGUCUGUUGGUGGUUUAAUUUUCUUUAUUUGAUAUGAUGUAAACUGCCUGUCUGAAUGAAUAUCUAUCUGAAUUGUGGAACUGAAUAAAACAAUCUUGUUUGUA